AUGGCAUCAAACCCGAUUAAGAAUGGAGUCCACGACAUAACUAUCGUGCGGGGAACAGCAGACGCCGUCCCGGCAGUCCUCCAUCUUCUAGACACCGCAGUCCAAUGGCUAGUAUCGCACAACAGAACCGGGCAAUGGGGAACAGCAUCCUUUUCCGAGAACCCACAACGCGCCGAGCAACUCAAAGAAUUUGCAACAACCGGCCAUGGUCUUUGGCUCGCCCAAACUAUGAACGGAGAAGAGCCGGGGGUCGUCGUCGGUGCGCUCGCUCUUGGGGAUAAAAUGCCCUAUGUGACACCUGUCUCUGAGCCUGAGCUUUACGUGCGGUUAUUAGUCACGGAUCGGCAAUGUGCUGGCAGUCAGAUUGGUAGACGUCUCUUGGACCAUGCGCGUGAUCUUGCUAGGAAGGCUGGGGUCUCUUUACUACGGGUAGAUUGCUAUGCGGGUGGCGAUGGAAAAUUGAUCCAGUACUAUGAGUCUCAAGGGUUUGAGAGAUUCGAGACUGUGAAUGUGAAAGGCGAAUGGCCUUGUCAAGUGCUUGCUCAACGGUUAGUUGGAUGA